CUUCUUCACUAUUGAUUGUACUAAUGGGUGUUUGCAAUUCUAAAAGGCAGAGAACAAAUAAUAAUGAUAUUCCAAUCAUCUAAAAAUCGAAAAUGGAUUAAAGAACUUCAAAUGUUAAACUUUUACUUGAUUAAUAUCACAAACUCAAUGUUCUCUUAGAUCUAGUUGGAAACACAGAUAAUUUGGAAAAAAAAACAAGGGAUCAAAUCAACUUACUAUUUGUUACACGAUCCAAUAUUUCAAUUCUCAUCCAACAUAGCCUAAAAAUUAUUAUGAAAGAAAAGAACAUUUCAAGGGUUUCAACUGUUGAAGAUGAAGUAUGGUUAUAUGAUGAUUCAAUCUUUUUAAACAAGAUAGCACCAUAAUUUUAAGUUUUGAUCAAAUUAAUUGACAUUUUAUUUGAGAAUGAAGAAUUUGAGAGCUCAUUUCCAAUACUAAGUCAUGGAUUUCAGUAAAUGAAUUAAGAUAUUAGAAAGAUACCUAUUCUAUAAACAUUUACAUAAACAAAGAAUACUUCUAUUUGA